CUCCGGUUCAUGAGCUGAGGACUCAUCCUAGAGUUUGAUCCUGUAUGCUCAGUACGUUCCAGAGAAAUCAUCCGAAGAGACUCCUAAACAUGUCUUGCUGCGGUGGAAAAUGUGGAUGUGGCUCUGGAUGCAAAUGCGGCAGCGGCUGCAGCGGAUGCGGCAUGCAUCCUGAUGUGGCCGAGAACAGCCUGGAGACCAUCAUCAGCGGCGUUACCCCUGUGAAGAUGUGCCAUGAAGUGUCUGAGAUGAGCUCUUUCGGGGCAGAGAACGGUGGCUGCAAGUGCGGAUCCAACUGCUCGUGCGAUCCGUGCAAAUGCUGAGGAACAGCACAAAGUCCCCCACACAAAGCAACCCUGUUAUUCGUUAUUAGCAAGUAUCGACCCGUCUGGCGGUUCGGCGACCUUUCCAUAGAAAAUAAAAUCUAUAAUGAAGCAUAUGUAUAACCAGUAAAUAAAGCAGCCGCAGCAUCUACAAACCCUUUUCCGGGUCUUUAAGAUGCUCUAAGGCUGUGUGAUCGCUUGUAUUUGGUUUGCUUUGUUGUGGGUAUCAUCGUUUGGGAA